AUGAGUGUGGCACGCUCAUCAGAGUGUCUCUUGUGCUCAUUCUCAAGAUCUUCUCGCCCAAGCACUUCCGCUCGACGACAACUCCAUUCUACCUCCGUCAAUCUGAAUCGCAAACCACGAUUCCCUAGUGUCAAGCAUGAAGAACGAAAACGACCCACACACCCUCUUGCCUACCUGAAAGAUCGUGCCAAUAAGUUCUUCUCUGAAGAUGAAGCCUCACCUAAGAAAUACUCGGCUCAGCAACGUGCUGCCAUCGCAGCGGCCAAGAAGUUUGGGACUCUACAACACAUCAAGGAUUCACCAGGUCGCAUGCGUGCUGAGCCCUGGACCAUGGAGUACUUUGACGAUUUGACAACAAUAGAUCCCGUCAUCGACAAACCCGUCCGAGCCCCGUGGACCAACAUUGAUGAUGCCCAGCGCAUGAAGGACGAUGAUGAAAUUGCCGAAGACUUUAUCGAACAGGCAAUGAAACAAACAAACCUUGAAACAUGGGUGGACGAAGCUGGUGUCGAACACCUCGUGCCUAGUGCCGCAGAAGACGAGUUCUUGGACUUUGACAGGAACAUGCGGUUGACUACAGGCCGGGAAGAGGCUGAACUCGCACCUCGAUCUGCACUGGCUCCGGAUCUACCCAAAAUGUCGGAACGAAAAAAGAUCAAACAGGAAAAAGGCAAGGGACAAAUGGAUGAAGAUGGCGACAGAAAAGCUCCAAUGUCACAAGAAACUCCCUCGCCCAGUCUGGUUGCCUUGAUGCAACAGACAGGGUAUGAUCGUAGGGAUCUCGCCAAAAUCCGAGUCAAGACGGUCAUUAUGCAUCGUGUAACCAAUCAAACACGAAUGGGAAAGAUCAGCCGGCUUUACGCUUUAACUGUCGCAGGAAACGGUGAUGGACUGAUAGGUUAUGGUGAGGGCAAGAGUAUGGAAAGUGUUGACGCCAGAAUGCAAAGCACAUAUCGCGCCAUUCGCAACAUGCAACCGAUUCUACGGUAUGAAGACAGAACCGUAUUUGGUGACCUCAAGGCGAAAUAUAGCGCCACAGAGUUGGAGCUGUAUCCCCGACCUCCUGGGUUCGGUCUUCGUUGUCAGCAGUACAUUUGGGAAGUUUGCAAAUGCGCUGGCAUUCAAGAUCUUUCCGCCAAGGUUCAUCGUGCCCGGAAUCCCAUGAACACGGUCAAAGCCACCAUUCAGGCUUUGUUGAGUCAAAAAGACCCUGAAGAUAUUGCUAGAGGUCGAGGUAAAAAGCUUGUCGAUGUCCGCAAGGUGUAUUAUGCUGGACUCACAUAG